CUUCGUCGUCGUCGUCCUCUUAUUGUCUUCUUGUUCCCGAGCCGAUCCCCGGGAUGAUCAAGGACUACAGGCCGGUGACGCAGGCCCUCCUGGGGACGCUGCUCACUUGGGGCUUGACGGCCGCUGGCGCUGCCGUCGUCGUCGUCGUUCGCGGCAAGCAGAGGAAAUUGCUGGACGUGAGCCUGGGCUUCGCCGCGGGCGUGAUGAUAGCGGCGAGCUACUGGUCCCUCCUCGCCCCGGCGAUCGAGAUGGCAACCGAGAGCAAGAUUUACGGUGUCGACGGCGAGUACGCGUUCGUGCCCGUGGGAAUCGGCUUCCUCGUGGGCGCGGCCUUCGUUUACGGCACGGACGCCCUCAUAUCGAGCUUCUACGAGCAAAAUCCGAGAAGACGCCAUCAAUCGGGGGUACCGAGAACCAAUGAACCUAGCGAACUUGGUACGACGUACGAAGACCCCGGCAACGAGGCCAAGAAUAACCAAUGGAAGAGGAUUCUACUAUUGGUUAUUGCAAUAACGGUCCAUAAUAUUCCCGAAGGUCUGGCUGUGGGUGUCGGCUUUGGUGCAAUCGGUAGCAGUCCGUCAGCAACUUUCGAAAAUGCAAGGAAUCUGGCGCUGGGCAUCGGCAUCCAGAACUUCCCAGAGGGUCUCGCGGUCUCUUUGCCCCUGCAGGCGGCGGGCUUCAGCACCUUCAAGAGCUUCUGGUACGGGCAGCUCUCGGGGAUGGUCGAGCCUUUGGCUGGAGUCCUGGGAGCAGCCUGCGUCACCCUCGCCGCACCGGUCCUGCCGUACGCCCUGGCCUUCGCCGCUGGCGCCAUGAUCUACGUCGUCAUUGACGACAUCGUACCCGAGGCACACCAGAGGUACAAUUAA